AUGCUUUAUGACGCACCACCACCCCCAACAUCCAAAGCCUCCAUCCCAGAGAAGAAGGCUCCCUCCAGAAUGAUCGCAGAAGUCAUCAAAGAGCAAGAGGGGACUUCUACGAAACAGCAGACGGGUCCCACCAAAUCUAAAUCCAAAAAGGGAAAAAAAGGGGCUGCAAAACAAACAGAGACUGACAGCAUAUUAAAGGAACUUAAGAACACUUUGAGACCCAUCAAUGACAGAGAGUUCUCCAGACCGUCCACACCUCAACGCUGCGCUCAUGAUGAACUCAUGGCCGCAAUCAGAGGCAGUAACAUCAAAAAUCUCAGAAGGGUGGAGGUUCCCAAGUAACUUCAGUAACCAGACUGUAAGACAGAACAGGAAACCCAUCUCCAGAGCAUCAUCUGCAAAAACAUUGGUAAAUACAGAUACUGUGUGCUCUUCUCGGAGUCACACCAACCUUCGGAACAAUUCUGAUUAAUGCAGGUGUUUGGUGAGAUGGCAUUAAAUGUUUGAAGAUAAUGGUACAACUGACAAAUUCUGUAAAUGUGCACUUGAGAACAACACAGGGGCAUGUUUAAUUUAAAACAACAGGGUUUUCUGUAUUGGGAAUGACCUGAAUAUUUGCACUGUAUUAAUUUUUUUUAUUGUUAUUACAAUUAGUAAUAGUGGUAGUUUCUGCUGUUGUUGUGAUUGUACUCUUGUUUUUAAAUGAAAA